UUCCUAGUUAGGACCAUCCUAGGCAUCCUUUAUAGCAUUGUUUGAAACGCUCAACAGUAAACAUGGCAUCAGUGUCAUUCAAGGACGUGGCUGUGGAGUUCACCCAGGAGGAGUGGCAGCACCUGGGCCCUGCUCAGAGGACCCUGUACAGAGAUGUGAUGCUGGAGAAUUACAGCCACCUCGUCUCAGUCAGAUACUGCUUUACAAAACCAGAAUUGAUCUUCACAUUGGAAAAAGGAGAGGACCCAUGUUUAUUAGAGGAAGAAUUUCUAAACAGGAGUUAUACAGAUUGGCAGAAUCUGACAGCAUCAGGAGUUGAUGAGGAUGUGGAGCAUCGGAGAGUCUCAUCCCUGCUAUGGAGUUGAAACUGGUGCAACCACUUCUGAAAUCAAAUACUACCAACAUGAGGAACUCAUAGAGAAGAGCUCAGAAAACCAAGGCAAACACUGGUGGCAAGUUUUAUUCACCAACAAAAUAUUGACUACGGAGCAAGAGAACAUCUUGGGAACACCAUGUAAACUGAGCAAAAACAUUUUUCCUUCA